UUCGGAAGUAACUUCCGGUUUAAAAAAUUGUCAUACUUCAAAAUGGCGUCAAGCAAAAGAAAGCAAGAUGAGAAACACCUCAAAAUGUUACGAGAAAUGGCAGCGUUACCUCCUAACAAGCAGUGCUUCGACUGCCACCAAAGAGGCCCAACAUAUGUCAACAUGACGACGGGUGCAUUUGUCUGCACAUCGUGCAGUGGCAUCUUGAGAGGUUUAAAUCCACCACACAGAGUAAAAUCCAUAUCGAUGGCCAGUUUUACACCAGAUGAAAUGGACUUUUUAAUAUGUCAUGGAAAUGAGUUUUGUAAAAAAGUAUAUUUAGGACUUUAUGACAAUAGAUCAGGAGCGGAACCAGAUUCAAGAGAUGAACAAAAAGUAAAAGAUUUCAUGGUGCAAAAAUAUGAGAAAAAACGAUAUUAUGUUGCACCUACAGAGGCAAUGAAAACAGAAGCAAAACAGGUCAAUGAGUCUUCUAUGAAUAAACAGACCACAACUAAACCAUUGAGAGCAUUAUUAGGAGAAAAAGGUUCCAAUCUUAUAGUUCAUCAAAAUGAUCAGUCACCAAAAAUAACCUUAAAGAGUCAGGCUGCAUCAGUACCAGGUCAGAUAACUCUAGGUCAACAGCCACCAAAAGACGCUUCAUUCCAGUCCCCAGGACAACAAAGUCAGUCCUCACAGUCUUCAGGGUCAGCUACAAUGGAUUUAUUAGGAGAUUUAGGAGGAGAUCCAUUUGGUUCUUCAUCGUCAACUCCAUCACAGCCGUCAGCGGCAGGAGAUCAUGGAGGAUUUGCUGACUUUGCUAGUUUUAAUCAGUUUGGAGCACCACCACCAUCACAGCCACCUGUACAAUCUUCAUUCCCAGGUUUCCAGGCACCUCCUAGUAAUCCUUUAGUACCAAUGGGUAAUACUCCCUCAGGGUCAGCACCUCUGACAAAUGGAUCAACAGCGCAAGCUAUAUCCAUUCCAGCACCCUCUGGUGGUGAUAAAUACUCAGCUUUAUCAGAUCUGUUUAGUUCCUCGCCGUUGUCCUCGGCACCUGCACCGGUCAGUUCAAAUGUCAACUGGGCAGGAGGAUCUAGUGCAGAAGUUAGUUGGGGAGGAGGUGGAACAAAUACGUCUGCUGGGGGUGGUAGUCUUAAUUGGAAUAGCAGUAGUGGUGGUCAGGGAGUUAGCUGGAACAGCACUAGUACAGCAUCAUCUACUAAUCAAGGAGUUGAUUGGAUGUCACCGACUAACACAUCAAGUUCAACAAAUGCUUUUCCUGGCACAGGACAGUUUUUUGCCCAUCAUCUACCUGUAGGAAAACCAGGCAAUCCAUUUUUCACUGAUUAUGGUGGAACACCAAAUCCUUUUGGAGGUGGUGUAUCUAGUGCUUCACAAGGAGGAGCUGGUGUAAGUAAUCCAUUCGGAGGAGCACAACCAGGAGGUUUCGGGCAAACACCAGUAGCCAAUCAAAUGCCAGGAUUUGGGCAACAACAGCCGGCUGGAUUUGGACAACCUGCUCCUCAGCCAGCAUUUGGACAGCCAUCAGGGUUUGGACAGCCUGUCAGCUCAGCUGCAGGGUUUGGACAACAAGCUGCUGGUUUUGGACAACAAUCUGCAGGUUUUGGACAGCAUGGGCAACCAGCUCCUGGAGGAUUUAAUCAAACACCUGCUAGUGCUAGUUUUGGGGGACAGCCUGCUGGCUUUGGACAGCAACAACAGGCACAACCUGCUGCAGGUUUUGGUGGACAACAAGCUGGGUGGGGAGGGGGUCAACAACAGCAAGGUUUUGGACAGUUUCACAUGCAAAAUGGAGGGUUUUCAAGUGCUGCAGGAUUUGGGGGACAACCAGUUCCUGCAAACUAUGGAAAUACAAUGACAACACCAUCAACACAGUCAAAUAAAAUGGGAGGAAAUCCUGGUGGGUUUGGACAACAGCAAGGAUUCCCAGCUGCACAGCCAGGUGGAUUUGGUGGUUGGGGUCAGCCUGCUCCUAGCGCUAAUCCAUUCAUGUCUGCUGCCACACAGCCAAUAGCACCAAAAACAAAUUCAACCAAUCCUUUCUUAUGAUGAUGAUGAAUAGAUAUAUAUACAAUUUAAAUAAUCAGCACUUGACAAGGAGAAUUUCAUGUUUGAUGGCGUAGGAAAACAUGUUUCGAAACAACAUGAUGUGUCAAGCACAAUGUUAGCCGACAGCUAAACAAAAAAAUUGUUUGUGUUAUUUUUGACAGACGAGAUUCUAAGAUCAUCAAGUGUAACUCUAGUCAGUAAAAAAGUACAAAAAAAUACAGGAAGAAAAAAAAUCAUACUUGCAUUAAUAGAAGAUAUAUAUAUAUGUAAUGUUAACUCUAUGGAGCAAAAAAUAAGGCAUUAGAUUUUUCACUGUAAACAAACUUAUUUUUGUGUGGCACUGUGUGGCCGAGUCAUGGCUAUUCAUUUUCGCAAUUUUCUUACUUUGUUCAUCUAUUCAUAUAAGUGAAGAUCCAAGUUUGAUAACACUAUCACAUUAUUUUUAUACUCAUGACUGUUGCGCCAAUGAAUUGCUUGCAAAUUGGGUGGUUUACUCUUAUUAGUCCUAAAUAUAAACAGCUUUAAUACUUUUAAUAGAACAAAGACAAAUAUUUCAUACAUAAGAAUCAUUUGUUAUUUAUAAAGAUCUUGUCUUUCCUUCAUGAUAUAUAGUUUCAAUAUAUAGGGUAAUUUAUGAAUAUAUAUAUAUUUCAUUUUAGUCGGUGAUACCAAUUUUCUGAAAGCAAAUUUUAUUUAUUGGCUUUGUCAACUGAUGUAUUCAGCGCUCUAUUGGUCAAUGGGCUUUUCAGAGGUGUGUUUCUGUUGUUGAUUAGAUUGGAAUGCCCAAUUCAAUCAGGUUACAACUGAUUUUUUAUUGAGAGCUUUUUUAAUACAAACAGGUGUGGAAAUAAAGAAAAGACCAAACUUAUUUAAAACAAGGAUAAGUGACCAAGCUCUCAAUAAAAUUCAAGCUAUAUGAUGCAAAAUGAUUGUAACUUAACAAAUGAAAAUGAUUUAAAUGUGUGAUUUAAAAUGCAUGCAGUUUUGUGUUCUUGUAUUUCGUUUGUUCUAUAUUUUGUUUGUUUGUUGAUAGAAGACAAAAAACAUUCCACAAGUUCUUCUAAAUCUUUACCAAAACUAUGACAAGGACAAUCUUAGAAUUGGGUUAAGUUAUUCCAAGAAGUACCGCAGGAAUAAGAGCUUUUGUCUGUAUAAAUGUUUAUCUGCUAGCAGGAGAGAUAUUUUUGUUUUUAUUGGGGAUGGGGUGGGGUGGAGAGGAUAAGAACCAAAUAAUUGACAUGUUGAACAAGAAAUUAUUUAAGUUCUUCCCAAUAUAUCUUUUAUAACCAUUGUCUGAUUUAUUACCAAGAAAUAACACAUGCAGCAAGAUACUCAGAUCAUUGGUAAAAAUGAAAAAUGUUUUCAAUUAAGAAUAGCAUAUGUACUUGAAAUGUAUGCUAUACUGUUUAUUAAUUUUUUUCGUUCGAUACCAAUUUUCGUGGAUUUGUGGUUAAAGGUGAACCACUAUUGAAGUGUUUUUGUCAAUUUUCUAAAGGCUGCCUUGUAUGACUUUGGAAAAACCACAAAAUCUAAUAUACCGGUACACGAAAUAAUUAAUUGUUUCUCAAUCCACAAAAAAUGGGUAUCCAAGAAUAUAAAUGAAUGCAGAUUAUUAUGAUGAUACAUGUAUUGAAUAUGACAUGAGGGUUGAUAGAAAUGGUUGUGAGAUGAUACGAGUUGUUGUUCAAUGUGUGCAAAAGUCUGUUCAAAGUUUGCUUGAAUGAUAGGUUUAAUUGAAAAUUGCAGUUUAACUCUACACUAAAAAUCACUGUCAAUCAAGAAUAGCUAUUUUCAGAUAAAUUACUUUUCAAAAAUUAAAAAAUUAAAUUAAAAUUUAGAAGUAUCCUACAAUUGCAAUGUGGAGAAAUCUUGGCUGAGUAAGUAAAUGUUGUUCUAUCCAAAGAUUAAUUGUCUUUCACCAUUUUUGGCUGAAAAUUGUUAAAGAAAAUAUAAGCUCACAAGAGCUUCUGAUCCCCAGCAAGGGUAUAAACACUUUGCAAUAAAGUAUAAAAGUAUGGGAAAAUGUGUGUAAGAGGAAAAAAUGUGCUGUGUAGUUUGUGAGAAUGAGAUUUAUUUUAGUAAUAGAAUUCAAUGUAUUUAUCAUAAUUCCCAUCAUCAUCACUAGAAAUAGUAGCACAUCUGACAUUAUAUUAUUGGUUUUAUACAUGUAGGAAAAAAAGCAAUUCAUGAGUUAUUACUUUUUUUGAAAAUUCAGAAAGUAGUACGGUAUACAAGUAGCCAUGGUGAAAGAAAGAAAACUUAAAGCAUAAUACUUUAGACAUUGUGAUUACAAACAGAACAGUUUUAUGAAGUUAAGUUUGUUUAUUUGUCAAUAAUUCUGCUUUUAAAGUAUUAGUCAAGUCUUCCAAUUUCCAUUAAUAUAUAUUGGAAAUUCCUAUUUUGGCAAGGAAUAUUUUUACUGAGGAAACUUAUUAUUCUUGUGAGAGACAAAUUUUAGUUGGUUUAGGUGAACAAUGAAUUCAAUGUUCAAUGAAGUGUAACUAUCAGCUUAUAUGCACACCGUCAGUAGGAGGAUAUUUCUAGCAGAAAAUUUAAAGACGACAAUAAAUAUUCAAAUUUUGAUUUCAAUAUGAAAAAAAGCCAAAUUGAUGCUUUGUCUUGUCUAUGUUUGUAGGGGUUUUCUCUCUUCUCCUAGUAUACCUUAAAAGGUAACAAUAUGAUGUAUAAAUAAAGUGUUUAUUUCUUUAAAGUAACUGCUAGAUUGACAUUUUUCUUUUUUUUUAAAAGGAAGAAAGUAUGUCUGAAAAAGAUAAAACAGUAGGGUCAUACUCAUCUGUAAGAUAAAACUUAAAAUUUUGUUGGUAAAUCAAAAACCAUCUGUAGUUGUGUAUAAUCCGCACUCCUUUGUACUAACUACAUAAAUAAGUUUUAAAAGUGGAGGACUAUACACGACCAAAUACGGUAAUAUAAGCUAGUUACAAUGUAGUACUGGUACGUUGUGAAUGCCAUGUUUAAUGGGGUUAUGUUUUAUUGAUACUGUUUGAAUUUUACAUUUUGUUACUUGUUUAUUUAUUUGUAGAUUGUUGUUGUUAUUUUGCUGUGAAUAGAAAUAAUUUGUAAAAUUUGAAAAAUUUCCAAAGGAAAGAUUUUCUUUGUUUACCAAAUUUGUCAGAUUUUUUUUCUCUGUAUUGCCCAUGUAGAUUGAAUACUUUUUCAUCCAUAUAGUGUACCUUAAUCUUAAACUUUCUUGUGUACGUUUCUUAUCUAUUUUCCUUUGCUUUAUAUGGGAGCUUUUUAGAUUGAAAAAUACCUCAGCAUGAGACUUAGAUGAAUACCCUAGAAAUAUCAUAAUAAGAAGAUAGACCUUAAGGGAGAUAACUCUUUAAAUCAGUAAUGUGUUUGAAAAAGUUAGUUCAUCAUGACUUUUUAAAGCUUUCUUGUAAAAGGGAACAAAAAUAAGUUGUGUCCCCUAACUUUGGUCUACCUUCACUGCAUAAAUGUCAUGGGAGAUCAUAAAUAAUGGUUAAAGAAUUGUGCUUUCUUAAAUUGACUUGUGACUUCAGUGAGAAGUUUGUUUCUUUGUUGAUCAGCAGAAUACUCUUAAACUAAUUUUACCCUUAAAGAGGUGUCACUUACAUUCAUAUUUUAUCUAAUAUAACUAAUUUACAUCAUUUUCAAACUGUUAAUCAUAUGUUUAUUUGGUUAAAGUUAACAUCUUAUGAAUAAGAAUGGUUAAAAAAUAUAAAUAUGUUUAUUAUAUAUCAAAUAUGUAAAAAUAUAAAGAUACCGUAACCAUGGAUAUAAGGGUAUAGCUCAUGCUACACAUUACCGUUAUUAGAAUUAUUUAUAGUCAGCAAUAAAAAAUUGUUUAUAAAAGUCAAUUUGAUAUCUCUACAUCGGGUAGGACAACACACCCUUAAAGAGGCAAACAUUUAUCAUAUCAAAAUUGAAGAUUUGUUAAUUGAUUUUGGCUUUGGGUCAUUAAAUGACCAAUUCUAAUGCAACAAGGUUUGUAACGUUCAUUUUGAUUGGAUAGCGUCACUUAUUUACAUGGCAUCAAUUAACAAUUGAUGCUAUGGGACGUACGCGCAAGCGCAGACGGCAUAUGACAGAUUUUAAAUACACAUGUUUUAACGUUGUUUUCUGUCAGUUUCAUUAGAAUGGAGAUAACAAUAUUGUAUUUUAAUCUCCUAAAUGUCUUCCUUUAGAGUGCACCAUAAGUACAAAAUGAUACUUGUUGAAAGUGUGCAAAUGGUUGUUAGCCUUUGGGGAAAAUACAGUAAAAUAAAGAAAGAGUGUGUUUGCCAAAUAAGAAAUGCAUUUUAUAAUUUGUUUUUUAUACAUUUGGUGUAGUUAGAUAGAACAAUUGUCAUAGCAACCUUGUUGUCAGAUCUUUUUUGUUUCAAACUGAAACAUAUCAGUUUUUCAUUAAGCCGAAAAGUCAAGAUUGAAAAAAAUUGUGAUAAGUAUGAAAAUCAGCGAUUUGAUAUAUAAAAUAAAUCAAAUAUGAAUAAUCGUUUUAAAAAAGUACUGAAGUUUAAGUGAAUGUAUGCACUAUGAAUAUGGAUGACAGAAAUAUUUUAAUAAGGUGAAUGUGCUGACUUUUCUCAUCAAUAUAAAAUUAUUUACAGUUUAUAUUUAUGUGCUAUGAAUGUUUAUUUCAUAUUUUCACAUUGUUAAUUUCAUUUUUUUUAUUUGUACAUAUAUUUAUGUACAUUGCUUGUAGCUAUUGAUAUGUAUAUAUUCCGUGAUCAAAAGAACACUAUUAAUAUUAUGUGAUCAAUAUUACAUAAAUUUUACCACAUUA